UUCUAUCAACUGUCACGGAUCGACCGUUUAAUUUCAAUAUUUGUGAUUCUUGCUUGAAAAAGAAAAAAAACGAUUGUAAAAUACUAUUUUUAGCCGGUCGUAGCAUGUAACGAGUUAAAUGAGAAUUCAUUCAUUUCAUAUUGAUAAACAAACAACCGAGGCCGUUAACGUGAUCUAACAAUCAUAAAUAACUUUUCAGUUCAACACAGAAAAGUAAAAUGAGCCUUGAAGGAGAUGGAAUCCAGGACGAAUACGCUGUCACAGCCCUUCAAAUUUUCGAGUAUUGUGGAGCCGAUAGUUCUAGCUCGUUACGGGUGGAUGCCCUUAUGGACAAAUUCGCGCCUUUCGUUAAAACUAACAAAUCUGAAUACAGUUAUCUCAAGUCACUGUUAGAUCCAGAUCAAAACAAUCCAGAAAUUACAGUACCAAAAUUGGCUGAAAGUUUGAAUAAGUACAGUGAAAGCCAAAAAGUUAAGGUGGAUCUAGAAGAAAGCUUUAAUUUGAGAAAUGGACAGGCUCCACAUGAUUCAGACUCUGGAAUUUCAACUGAUGGUUUUCAACUUAUAGAGGAGUUACAAUGUGAGCUCAGAGAAAAAUCCCACUUGGCACAUCAGCUGCGCAGCCAACUAGAUUUCACGGACAGGCAGCAUGAAGAAGCGGUCUCCGCGCUCACUGCCGAGCGGGAUUCCCUACGAUCGCAUCUUAAUAUGCUUCGCGAGGAGAAUAUGAUAUUAACGCACGUCAGACGCGACUAUGAAGAUGUAUGUGAGCGAUUAUGUAAUAGUGAACGGGCAUUGGAUGAUGUGAAAAGGCAGCUUGAGUGUAGCAAGAAGAAGAUACGAGUGAUGACCCAACAAGUUUCUACACUUGAGUCAGAGAAACUGACACUGAGCGAGCUUCUCGCGAAAUCAAAGGAGGAAUGUCACCGUAUAAAUGAUAGAUACGCGAGUAGACAAAGCGCGUUAUUGGAGCAAAAUGAGCGCCUGCGCAGCGAACAUGCUGACCUGAGCGUAAGGUUGCAAGACCAUGAUGAGGUUAUGCAGACUGUCUUAAAAGAAAAGAUUCUAUUGGAGAUGGAGUUGAAGGAGAUGUUAAAUAAAACAAAUCAGACACAGUUGAGGAUGGACCGCUCCAUCGACAUCAGCUACACCGAGGAUCAGAUGUUGACGGCACUGGAUAGUCUUAAUGCUGACAGCAGGUUUUGUUCCGAUAAACGGAUUAUAGAUGAGUCUUUUACGUUCAAAGACGAAGGCCGACCAACUAACAUGUCUCUCUUCGACGAAAUUAGACUUAGCUUUUGUAACAUGUCCCGCCAUAAUAUUACUGAUAUUAGUACGAAUAACAAAGAUCUUGAUAAUUCUAACUCUGACAACGCUACACAGACGGACAGUACAGAUAACGAAAAAGAUAGUGUUAUUGAUACGGAAUAUAUUAAUGUUGAAGUACAAACUGAUAUUAAUAAGUCUAUGCGAACAAGUGAUGGUGAAACACAAACCAAUAUAGAACAUAAUGACUUCAAAAAUGCUGAAAUACAAACUUUAAAAGGGUACAUGUCAACAAGUAAUGGUGAAACACAAAACAAUAGAAAACAAUGCGAAUUUAAAAAUGUUGAAACACAAACAGUUCAAGUGUCUAAUCAAACAAGUGAUGGUGAAACACAAACCAAUUUAGAACAAAAUUAUUUUAAAAAUACUGAAAUAAAAACAAUACAUGUGUCUUACCAAUCAAGUGAUGUCGAAACUCAAACAGUUAUAGACCAAAGUGAAACUAAAAAUGCCGAAGUACAAAUCAAUUCCGCAAAUAAGUUAGUUAAUUCUGAAGUACAAACAAACGACACUAGAAUUCUUACCACCGAUGUUGAAACAAAAUCAAUUCAAGUGUCUAACCAAUCAAGUGAUGUCGAAACCCAAACAAUUCUAGACCAAAAUGAAACUAAAAAUGCCGAAGUACAAACAAACGACACUAGAACUCUUACCAGCAAUGUUGAAACACAAACUGAAAUGAAACCACGAAAUACACAAAACAAAGCAAAAAUUAGAAAUUUUAAAAAUCUCAUCAAAUCAAGGCGAACAAAGAACGUAGAGAUACAAACCGAUAUAAACACGAAUAAUAAUGUCAACAAGUGUUUAGAAUGCGAUAAAUUCGAUCAAUAUACAAUUCAAUUAGAAAAAGACUAUACAAAUUCCCAUAACAUGCUAUCAGAUGUGAAAAAUGAAAUCGAGAAAUAUGAAAAUAAUUUAAAUGUCCUUAAAAACAUUGUUGAUGAGGGAAAUGAUAGGAAUAGCUAUUUGAAAUCUGUCGUGGACGGGUUGAGAGUUAAUUUGAGCGUUUUAGAGGCGGCAUGUUCUAAACAAAAUGAAGAAAUAGAGAAACUAUCUUGUUCUGUCUCUUCGAUUGAAGUGCAAACUGAAUUUGAACAAGUGUCAACGUAUUCGCAAACAGAUUUGCCCUGUUCCUCUUGCGUUAAACGGAACGGAUCUCAUCGCUUGAGGAAGUAUCUCUGGGACCCAUUGAAGUGUCUCUUCCAAGCGUUCGCUGUCAUCUGCUUUGUUUUCGCUCUCUCCGCGUUGUAUGGCGUCAGUCGGCGUUGGCAAUCUCCGUGCACACCUCUGGCGCCUUGGAGCUGGCUGCAGCCUCACGAUUUGAUGGAUCUGUUCUUCCGUAUCGAGUAUAUAGCUGAUGUACCUAUGUAGACUUAGUUUUUUUGUAAAUGGUAAAUAUAUGAAAUAUUGUCAAUUGUCAACUGUCAACUGUCAAUGUCAAGUUUGUGUUUGGAUUAUGGGCGUAACACUUGCGAUAGACUAUAGUUAGUAGACUUUUACUUUUUUUAAAUCCAAGAUGCAUCUUAAUACGAGGUAAGAAGGUGCAUUUUUUAUCUAUUUCAGUUUAGUUACGUAACUUAGUCUUUGAGAUUUUUUACCCAAUAUGUCGCAAUUUACUUGAUUUAAACGCGUUUGUGUUUUUUAUUAUUACUAACUAAUGAAGACGUGUGAAUGCAUGAAAGUUUUGGUGAUUUCUUCUAGUAUUGCUGAUAAUGUGAAAUUGCUAUGAAUGUUUGGUUUUCCGAAUUAGUUCCAUAUGCGCCCACGGAGCGCUGCUCAAGUUUUCUAUACAAAAGACAGUACAGAUUACUAAUUUGUGAUAAACUAGUGCCAGUUACAUAGAUUAAGAUAUCACCAGGAAUAUCUCUUCUAAUACCUAAUUAAUAUUAGUACAGUAAAACUAAAAAUUUUUAAAUAAGUACCAUUUAUUUGGUAAGCAUAUUUCAAAGCUUCAAAACGGCUGGACCGAUUUUGCUCAGAUUAUUAAAAAAAUACUUAAUAAAAUUUGAAAAUAAUACUGCGGUAACAUAACUUUAAAAUAUAACGCUAAAACAAAGAAAUAAGUAGUGUAUGUGUCACCGGAAUAUAACAAAAUCCGCAAGUUUAUAAAUUUCCUAGGAAUUAAUCAAUAAAUAAUAAGUAAGCGAUAACCAAACGGCAUGUGCGCUCUGAUUGGUUGAGAAAGUCACUAACCUAACCUAACCGUUUAGAAUUUUACGAAUGGAUAUCCGUUAGUUUAUAAAUUUACCACGAGAAAAUGUGGGCGUAAAAUAAUACAAUUUAGCUUUAACGCAAAACGCAACGCAAGUAAAACAAAUUUACGACAAAAAACUCUUUCGAUCAAAUUGUGUUGACGCUAUGACAAAAAGAGACAGUAUAAUAAAUAAUAUUUCGAGCAGCUUCUAAUUGUGAUUGGACCUUUUUAUAAAAUAAUAAUAUCAAAUGCAGACAUUCAAAGUUGAAUCUCAUUUGCAUUUAAUUCUAGAGUUAAAUAUUUGAAUGUGGCUUUUCUAGGGCCGUUUGUAUUUCAUCUCUUUCUUGUCUUACUUCGACUAUAAACUUAAUGGCCUACAAUUAUUUUUAUACUAUAUUGCUUUAGAUGUCCAAAAAAACUGGGUUGCAAAUAAUAUAAGGAAUUGAAAACUUUUAUUGGUGUAAUUAAAAGUUAUCAAUUUUUAUAACUUUUAAUUACACCAAUUUAAUUUUUAAAAAAAUUUAAAGUUUUAGUUUUAGAAUACAAUUCUGGGGUACAGUUUUUAUCUAAUAUGGCGGCAGAUAACAAUAGGCUAUUAUUAUUAUUAAGAUCAGAUUUCAAAUUACAUAUUAGUUAAUAGGACUGUUAUCUAUAAUUCUGAUAAGGCUUUAAAUUAAAUAUAAAUUCAAGAACCUGCCAAAACGCCUCUCUAGGCAAGAUGGCGUCGCACCAGUCCCUAUGAUGUACCAUGCUUACACAUAAAUGAACGUCAAGUUUUACGUGUUAUCAUAUAGUCUGGCUAAUGAAAGAAGAUAACGAAAAAGCGCGGC